GAGAGCAAGUACUGGGUAUCAAGAUGGCGUAUUCCAGCUUUGAUCAGAGUUAUGUCAACAUUUCCGACUUGCACCCUAAUCUUUCCCGCCCUAGCAUAAUAGGGAUUGUAAUUGGCAAAACAGAUGUCAAAGGAUUUCCAGACAGAAAAAAUUUUGGAUCUGAAAGGUACACAUUCAGUUUCACCAUAAGGGAUUCACCAGACUACUUUAUAAAUGCAUCUUCCUGGGGACGAGGGGAAUACAUAAAAUCUCUUGCUGAAAGUUUCAGAAUUGGCGAUUGUGUUAUAAUUGAAAAUCCUCUUGUGCAAACAAAAGACGUAGAAAGAGAAGAAAAAUUUAAUCCUUCGACACCAAGUUACUACAGGUUACUUAUAAGUGAAGUUCAUUCCUUGGUGAAGAUUUGUUCCAAACAUGAAGUGGAUAGCAAUCUUCUGUCCUUAUUGCACAUACCUACGAAGGAUCCACAAGAUUAUUAUUCUUUGGGUGACAUUGUUGCCAAUGGUCAGGGUCUAAAUGGGAAAAUUAUUAAUAUUCUUGCAGCAGUUAGAGCGGUUGGAGAAAUAAAGAAUUUUAUUACAUCUGAUAAAAGAAGAGGUCAGAGAUGUGAAGUGAAGCUGUUUGACGAGUUUGUGGUUUCAUUUGCAAUGAUAUGCUGGGAUAUUGAAUCCAUCCAAAUGGCUCAGUCUUGGAUCCCACGAGAAACUGUCAUAUUUGCAGCCGACAUAAGAAUAAAUUAUGACACCUUCCGAAAUGCUAUGGUUGCAACAGUUGUGUCAAAAACUAUUUUCACGACAAAUCCCUAUACACCAGAAGGAAAUGCACUAUUAUGCUAUGCAAGAGACUGCACAGAAAUGGGAAUUUUUAAUGAAGAAAAUGAAGACUUCUCAAAAGAUUCAGUAAACUUGGAGUCAAUACAGGAUGUAUACACAGUUCAGCAGAUUAAAGAAAGAGCUUCUCUGGGCUUCGAAAAAAACGACACUCUGUAUGGGAUAGUUUUUGCUUAUAUAUCCACAUUGAAUAUUGAUUCUGAUUCUGACAAGCUAAUUCGUAGUAGAUGCUCAAGAUGCCGUUACCUUAUGACUGAUACAUUAGUGGGGUGCACGUAUGCUUUCUGCAAUGAAAGGUCUUCUGACUUAAAAACUGUGAUUCGAAGCUUGAAUUUAAAAGUGGACAUAACUGAUCAUACUGGAACCUUGUCUUGUAACCUGUCUGAUAGUGCUGCUGAGGAAACACUCUCGUGCACGGUAGAUAGGUUUCUCAAUUUAACUGAAGACCAGAAGACAUCUUUAAAAUGGAAUUUUCUUUUGGAGCGCUGCAAAAUCCAUUUAAAGAUAUGCAUGUCAACAUAUUCCAGAAGUGGAAUGAGAGUUACUGUGCUCUCCUGUAGAAUAGCAGACCCUAUUGAAGCCUGUAAAAAAUUGUGCAGAUGA